UCAACAGAAUUGUUAGCAGCUAUGUGUGUGUGGGUAUAAAUAAUUGGCACCAUUUAAUAUAUAUACGUUGUGGAUAAAUACAGUUGAACCCUAUAAGUAACGAUCAGGGAGUACUUUCGCCAAGGUAUAAAGUGGGAGGUGAGACUUGAACUCUGAGAUUCAUGGCCCAUAUAUAUUUACUCUACCGGCACAUGUACCUCUCUUACUUACUCGUGACGCUGAGCGUGUAAUACAGAAAGGAUCAGAAAGGAUAAUUGUCAUAAACACAAGAUGCGAUUUAUGCUGAUGCUGUUUUUGCUUGUUUUGGUAACACUCGCUCUUGGAUUAAGAAAAGUGCCAAAAGUUUACAAUGCAUUAAUUACAACUGAUCAAAAUUUAUUACCAUCGCGAGCUUUUCCUGUUCUUCAGCCUGUUAUUCACAAGACCACCGUGGGAUAUGUUCCACCGUAUUAUUAUACACAAAUUGCACCGCAAUUUACACCGGAAUUUGUACAAAUUUCACAAGGAAUAGCACAGGGAAAUUCUGCUCAUCAAGAGGCAGGGAAAAAAAUACCAAAUUCAUCAAAAACAGAAAAUAAUAGAAAAGAAGACAAUCAACAAAUUCCAUUACGAUUCUAUCCAAAUUAUCAUUCAUUCUAUUAUGAUCCUUAUUUUUACACAUACAAUGGUUACGAUUCACAUUUGGCACCAUCGGCUUAUCAGGAAAAUGGUUCUGUUGAACCACUUCCUCCGCAAAAUUUCCAAAAUCUCCCACAACACUUACUACCAAGUCUUCAUGACGAGAAAAAUAUGAUGAGAAAUAUUUAUCAUGAAAAGAAAAAAGAUAUUCCAGAUGUUCCUCCACCUCCGGUACCAACGAAAGUUACAAAAAGUUCGUAGGUUUUGUAUAUAAUUAUCAUUUUAUAGACAAAAAAAUUUUCAAACAAAUUGUAAAUUUCAAUUUAAAAAAAAUCAUAUGAGCUUUGUUUUAACUUAUAGAAAUUAAUUAUUUUCUUUAAGAAAAAGAUUUAAUUAAUUGUUAUUUAAUUGAUUAAGGGGAGGGACCGCUGAAAUUUUAACACAUCAAAAUUAAAGCUGUUUAAGGGUGGUCAAUUUUUUUUCUGACAAUAUUAAUUAUUUAAAUGUAUAAUAUAUCAUGAAAAAUUGAAAAACUAUAAAUUUGUUAAUAAUUUUUAAAAUCAAAUUCAAAAUUCUCGAAAAUUUAAAAUUUAAACUUCUCUCACAAUUUUAAUUAUUUUUGACUGCCGAUUUUUUUAUACGCUUGUUUCAUGAUUCUAAACAAUCAAGCGUAUGGAUUUUGAAAAAUUUCAAUUUUUUCAAAAAAUGAAAAUUUUGAAAAAUAAAAAUAUUUGUAAAAUUGUUAAAAAUUACCUUUUGUUGUUUUUCUCAGUAGAAUAAGAUUUUUGGUUGAAAAAAAAUGUUGAAAAAAAUUAUUACCCCUAAACAAGAUCAAUUUUGAUUGCUUUCAAUUUUAGUGGUAAUUUUGAAAAAAAUUCAACUACUUCCACAAUUUUCAUUAUUUUUUAUUGUCGAAUUUUUUUUACGCUUUUUUCACGAUUUUAAACAAUCAAUCGUAUGGAAUUUAAAGAAAUUUAAUUUUUCCAAAAAAUAAAUUUUCUAAAAUGGCUAAAAAAAUUUUUUUUUAAAUUUUAAUAAUUUAUAAUAAUUUUGGAUCCUAAAUUAUGCCAGAAAAAAAAUUGACACUCUUUAACAAUAAUAACUUCAGUAGGCUGAAAUUUCACCGGUCCCUCCCCUUAAUUAAAUAUUAUAACAAUGAUAUGAAAAAAA